CUGCAGCGGAGUGAGCGGUCGGAUGUUGACAGUUGCCCGGCCUCCUCCUCCUCCUCCUCGUCCUCCUCCUCCAGACGCUGCUGCUGUCACGUUUCCAGAAGUCUCCACAUUUCACCAGAACUUUCCUGCCACCUUAGAAACAGUAGCAAAGCCCAUGGCAACCGAACGCAGCUUCUCCGAAAGCUUCAUAGACGAGGAUCCACAGAAAGCUCUGCAGGAGCUUAAUGAGGCCUUGCAAGGAGACUCUGACAACGCUGAGUGGUUGUGCCAGCGUGCCUAUGCCCACAUACUUCUCAAAAACUACAGCUGUGCUGUUGAUGAUGCCAAAAAAGCACAGCAGCUAACACCCAGCCUUCCCCUUGCUUUCAUGCGAACAGGAUUAGCAGAAUACCACCUGAACCAGUACAAGUCAGCACAUGCAGCUUUCACUCAGGGACACCAACUGGAUGUUUCUGACAAAUCAUUUGAGACCUGGAUCAAGCGGUGUGAGGAGAUGAUGGGGGAGCAGACACAGAUCGUCGGUGACAACAGGCCGACACCAGCCGUUCCACCUGUGAAACAUGACUGGUACCAAACAGAGUCUCAAGUCAUUGUCACAGUCAUGGCAAAGAAUGUACCCAAGGAUGGUGUGUGUGUCAACUUCAUGGAAAGAGAGCUCUCUGCCACGAUAAAGCUGGCGUCAGGGGAGAACUACAACCUCAACCUCCACCUCAUGCACCCCAUCAUCUCUCAGCAGAGCAACUUCAAGAUCCUCACCACCAAGGUGGAGUUCAAGUUGAAGAAGACGGAUGCCACCAGAUGGGAGAAGCUGGAGGGGGAAGGACAGGAGUCCAACAUCAAACACUUCGAUCCGAACCAGUACCCGUCAUCGUCCAAAAACGCCUGCAAAUGGGACAAGAUGGUGGUGGACCUCGGCGAGGAGGAGAAAACCGAGAAAGUGGAGGGAGACGCCGCGCUCAACAAGCUCUUCCAGCAGAUCUACUGCGAUGGCACCGACGAGGUCAAGCGAGCCAUGAACAAGUCCUUUAUGGAGUCCGGUGGUACAGUCCUGAGCACCAACUGGGUAGACGUGGGCAAGAGAAAAGUGGAGAUGAACCCACCGGAAGACGUAGAGUUCAAGAAGUACUGAGCACAUUCCUCCCUCUCUCUCUCUCUCUUCCUCUCUCUCUCACCUCUGUUUGACUUCAUCUUUCUUCACAUUUGUCCAUCUGAACUCCAGCAGGAGUCCUUGUUGCCCUGCCGUCUCCGUGGCCGUCCACUUCCUCCCCUUCCCGACCCCUCAGUUGUACUGUUGCUCUGCUGUUUUUCACUAAGUGCAGGGAGCCUCGGUGUUCCCACUUUUUUCACUCAACCAAAUUGUAAUGAUCUGUUGAACAGAUUUAUCUACAUAUGCAUACAUGAUCUGAUUUUUAAAGGCCAAUGGACUCAAAAGGGAAGUCUGGAUUCACCUGAAAUGCUCCAAUUCAACUUCUUUUCUCUCCUCUGCCUCGCCUGGUUUUCAACACAAAAAAAAAACGCCCACAGCCUUUCUUUGUGGUAGCCUUUUAUGACUUCUUAUUAUCAGCACUUGUAUAAUAAUGUAAAAUUGUUAGAAAUAAGAACCGGUUGAGAUGUUUUAAAUGAUAACUACGACUGCAUUUCUUGGCUCAUGCGGGGGGGGGGUUCUUUUUUCUGUACACUCAGUAAAAAGUCAACAGCUCUGCGAAGUGACUUGUCUGGAAUGUGUGGCUUAGCACCGGUCCUUUCCUCAGUGUGAUUCAAGCUUCAGUGUAAAUAAAAGAUUUGACGUUUGGCUCACAAA